AUGACAAUAAAGUCAGUGGAUGAGGCCAUCCACAGCCGCUCAGGCUACUCUGAUCACUUAAAGCAACUUCAAAAUGUUGCUAACACUUCGAUAGAAUUCUUGCGCGAUGAGAUCAUCAAAGGGAAGCUUGGAGCUCCAUACGAAGCAAUGCAAAUGUUCAAUGACAACCAUAAGAAAUUGGAUCACAUGUUAAAUCAAUUUACUGAACGGUUAGAUCAAACUUUCAAAGAAUAUUUGAGUAAAACUGCUACAACAAGGCCGAUUAGUGAAAUGAAACCGCAAGAUUUCAUAAACCCUUUAUUGGUCAAUAUUCCUCAAAUUAUCUAUUGCAUAAACAACAACUUAGUGCCACAAGAAUUACUAUUAGUUUAUCCUGAAGUGAAAACGAAACAGGAUUUCUUAACUGUUGUUCUUAGGAAGUUACUUUUCAAGUUUGUGGUUCGCUCAGUGAAUAAAUUCACUCCACUCAAAUAUGAAAUGAACAUGCAAACCCCAGCUUCUUGGUAUCCUGAAGCUCGUAAAAUGAAAAGAAAGAUAAUAAUGCACGUGGGUCCAACUAAUAGUGGUAAAACUUAUAAUUCCUUACAAAAACUAGCAACACUGACAUCUGGGUACUAUGCUGGACCUUUAAGACUAUUGGCUAGAGAGAUCUUUGAAAGAUUUAACAAACGGGGAAUUAAAUGUAAUUUGAUUACGGGUGAAGAAAUCGUACCCUCUGUUGAUGAGUUCGGCAAAGUUAGUGAUAUUUCUUCGUCAACAAUUGAAAUGGUUCCAAUGCACAAACACAUGGACAUGUGUAUCAUUGAUGAAAUCCAGAUGAUCAGUGAUCCUCUCAGAGGACAAGCAUGGACCAAUGCUUUACUAGGAGUGCUUGCUAAGGAGGUUCACUUAUGUGGUGAAGAAAGUGCUGUGCCAUUGGUGAAGAAGAUUUGUCAAGCAACAGGCGAUGAAAUAGAAGUUAGAAAAUAUCAGAGAUUGGGUAAGCUCGAGGUUAUGGCAGAAGCUAUUAGACCUUAUGAGGACUUGCAAAAGGGUGACUGUGUUAUUGCAUUUUCUAAAAGAAAGAUUUUGGAGACAAAAUUAAAGAUAGAAUCAAAGACAAAGCUCCGUGUUGGUGUUAUUUAUGGCGCCUUACCUCCUGAAAUUAGAUCGCAAAUGGCAGACGGGUUCAACAAUGGUCAAUAUGAUGUUCUUGUUGCUCUGGACGCCAUUGGUAUGGGACUUAAUCUCAAAAUCAACAGAGUAAUAUUUUCCAGUGUCAAGAAAUUUGAUGGAACUGAAAUGAGAGAAUUGACUCCUUCCCAAACUAAACAAAUAGCUGGUAGAGCUGGAAGGUAUAGCAGUGAAAAGGGGGAGCUGACAGGAUACGUUUCAGCUUUUUCUUUUAAAGAUCUUCGGUUCAUUAAAAGACAAAUGAAAGUUGCAAACAUCAAAUUAGAAAAAGCAUGCAUUUGGCCGCCCGACAAUCUUUGGCUUCAUUACAUGAUGCAGUUUGAAAAGCCCAUUUCAUUCCAUGAAGUUUUAACCCGUUUCCAAUCAGAAAGUAUAAAAUAUAAUGAGGACUAUUUUCUUGCGGAGUUAGAACCCCGGUUGAACAUUCUCAGAGUGGCCGAAAAGGGAAAUCUUCAAAAGAUACUCUCUAUGGAAGAACAACUCCGAUUAUCUCUUGCACCCAUGAAUGGGAUUCUUUUCAAUGAUGAAGAGAAUGAACUGGUGAAGGUUUUCCAUAAACUCUUGGAAUGUGUGGCACUAAAGAAUACCGUUAAUGUUUUCGAUCUAGGGUAUCUUAAACCUGAUCUUAUAAAAAAUAGUCCUAAGAAGCUGGCCUCUUCAGACAGUGUGAUACUGACCCUACAACUGUUGGAACAAUCUCACAGGGUAACUCUUGUUUUUCUUUGGUUAAGUCAACGGUGGCCCACAAUAUUUGUUGAUAAGGAAAGUGCCAUGGAUAUGAAGGUGUUGCUUGAGAAGCGUAUCACCGAGGAGUUAUUAAAUUUGAAGAUCGUCAAAAAGUCUACCCGUAAACCCGAUCGGAGGUAG